GUAGAGACACAGCGCGAGGGAGGGUGGUGUGAGUGUGUUUGUGUGUGUGUGUGAGAGAGAGAGAGAGAGAGCAGGCCACUACCGGCCGCUGCUCCAGCUCCGGUUCACUCGCGGAGCCCGGCGAGCUCCACUCUGUGCCGUUCUGGACGCUAAGAACAGUCGGUGGAUAGAAAGAGCCAGGACGCGCACCACACACAAGACCCCUUCUGCCAGGAGAGAGAGAGAGAGAGAGAGAGAGAGGGCAAGGAACAGAGAGACAGACAGAGGAGAAGAAAAAGAAGACGUCUUGGAAGACACCCCCUCACACACGCACACACGCACACACACACACACACACACACACGCACGCACGCACGCACACACACACACACACACACACACACACACACACACACACACACACACAUAAACAGUCAUACAUACACACCUCCCCUUUCCCAGCCAUCAGCAAGCUAUUUUUUUACACCCCACAAGUAUCCUACCACAGAAAAAAAAAACUUUUUUCUUCCUCAUUGGAAAAAAGAAAAUCCCUCCUAAGAAACUCCAACAAAUCAGUCAGAGAGCCCUCACGAAGCAGAAGAAGAUGGCCCAGAAGUCGCUGAAAGUGGUGGCGUCUAAGUUCUUAGGAGCUUUCUGGAAGCCGUUUCCUUUAAUCACAACACCAGACAAUAAGAAGAAAUCUUUCGGUCAGAUUGCAGCGGACCACUGGAGAGACACCGUCACGUGACCCCCGGUACCAAAUGGUCUUCCGGCAGUGGCUCUCAACAAGGACCGGAGCACAAGAAGACGCCGCCACUUCUCUCAGAAAUGCAGAAGACAACAUACUACGACAACUCCUCUGCGCUUUUUGGUGGCUACUCGUCCUACCAGGUGCAGGGGGCGGCAGCGGCAGCAGCAGCCGCCAACGGCUUUGGGGGCUACGAUGCACCGGUCCCAGUGUCCCACCAUCAGCCGGCCUUCCAGUCAGCGACCCAUCUGGAUGUGGAUUCGUACCAGCGCUCGGCCUGCUCUUUACAGUCACUGGGCAGUAACAGUGGCCACCAACAGCAGCAGCAGCAGCUAGCCAAGACCAAGGAGCUGAAUGGCAGCUGCAUGCGGCCCAGUCUGCCGUCUGAGCACCACCCUGGCUCCCAGGUGUCCCCCCCACUGCCCCCCAACCCCAGCAACGGCAAUACUGGGGCUCAGCAGCCGGGGGGCAGUGCUGGGGCCUCCUCGGCCUCUAAAUCAGGCCCCAAUAAGUUGUCUAAUUCUUCCUCCUCCACAUCGUCCUCCACAUCGUCCUCCUCCUCCUCACUGCCCCCCAACCCGACGAUGGCCAAGCAGAUCUUUCCCUGGAUGAAAGAGUGUCGACAGGCGACCAAGCAGAAAAACUGUUCCCCCAGCAACAACUCUGGCAACGCGUCAGGAGGAGCUGAGAGUUGCAGCAGUGGGGAGAAGAGUCCUACGGGCGGAUCGUCAGCGUCAUCUAAGCGGGCCCGUACGGCGUACACCAGCGCCCAGCUGGUUGAGCUGGAGAAGGAGUUCCACUUCAACAGGUACCUGUGCCGGCCGCGGCGCGUGGAGAUGGCCAACCUGCUCAACCUGUCCGAACGCCAGAUCAAGAUCUGGUUCCAGAACCGACGCAUGAAAUACAAGAAGGACCAGAAGUCCAAGGGCCUGAGCUCCAGUUCUGGAGGGCCCUCACCGACUGGCUCCCCACCCCUGACCAUGCAGUCCUCCGCCAGCUUCCUCAACUCAAUGCACCCCAUGGGAGGGGGAGGUGGGGGAGGUGGGGGAGGCUACGACGUCCCCUCUCCGCCAUCCUUUGGCAAGCCCCACCAGGGAGUGUCUUACUCCAUGUCCACUGCCUACUCCAAUGUCCCCAUGAAGGGCUGCCCCCCCCAACAGAAGUAUGGCGCCCCAGACCAGGACUAUGGCGACCCCCAUCCUCACCACGGCCUCGUGCAGGCCAACAACGCUGGCUACGGGACUCCCACCAGUAUGCAGGCCAGUCCAGUCUACGUGGGGGGUGGCAGCUAUGUGGAACCCAUGCCUGGCUCGGGGCCCUCCAUGUACGGGCUAAACCACCUAGGCCCCACGCCAACCCACCAUCAAACCAUGGACUACAAUGGCGCAGGGCCUAUGUCGGCCACCAACCAGCACCACGUGGGCGGAGGGGGCCCCCCGGGUCCCUGUGACCCACCCACACACCCGACGUACACCGAGCUGUCGGCGCACCACACCUCGACUCAGGGCAGAAUCCAGGAAGCACCCAAGCUCACUCACCUGUAGCAGGUUUGGAACAAAAUGACAACGUAGGAAAUAGCGAAGACGACACAGAACAUGUAAGACGACGUGACUCAUUAACAGACUAACUAACACGUGGGGACUCUACUGCUGCAAUGGGACGGCAGGAGAGACGAAAGGAGACAGACAGGAGCACAAAGGGGAGCAAUCAGUGUUUGGUGUUGUCCACCCCACCCCUGUUUCACUGCCUUCUGAUUAGGGCUAGAGCUUUUACUGUUACCUUUAAAGUGCAGUUAAUUUAAUUUAGAAAUGACAAAGGUUGUGCCGAUUAUCAAGUAGCAGCGACGAACCAUUCAUGUUGCCGAAAGAGACAAUAAAAGGCACAUCUCUGCUAAGUAGUGAAAUCAAUGGUAGUUGCAAAAACAUUUCCAAGGAUUUUUUUAAGCCGGGACCAAACUUAGUAACUUACUCUCUACUGAAACCUUACAUCAUACAGGAAAUGAGGAAACCAAACUUUUAAACCAUUUAACAAUGCAUUAUCAUUUAGUUUUGACGAAAAAAUUGUUAAUUUAAUUUACACAUUCAAAAGCGCUCAAUGUUUAUUAUACAUUAUCAGUGAUUGAGUUUUCAUUUUAGAACUCUUGGUUUUUUUUACCCAUGUUUACACAUUUAACAUCGACCUUUUUAGAGCAAUUUACACUCUGAGAGUCCCAGGCCAGUGAAGCAUAUUGUAAGCGUGGGAGAAAAAGUGUCCAGUCAAUUGUCUCCCAUGUCCCCCUGGGGACAAUAAACGUCAGGAAGCUCAUCUUGUGGCACUGGUGCAGAGACAUAUCGGCAGCUGUAUGGCAUAACAGGAUCUAUGGUGAGAGCGCCAUUGUUUAGCCAGUAUUCAUUAGACUGGUAAUCUACUUCACGGUCAUUCAGAAAACUGCAAUACAGACGACUGUACUCAAACAGAGCAGAAGUCAGUUUUUUAUUAAAAAUAUUCCUCAGAAUGCCCCCCCAAAAAACCUAAUAUGAAAGAACAAUCUAUAGGUUACUCAGCAAAAUAAUUUCAAAACAAUUUUUGUGUGGGUGGAGCACAUUGCAGCCGUAGCUCAGCUAGCAUGGUGUUAAAGCUAGUACAGGGUUUAAAAUUGUACUUUGAUAAUACAAUAUUCCCCCUUAAGACACACAUAUACAAACAGCUCUCCCGCCCGCUAAAUGAAAUCGUUGAAAUUUGAAUUGAGCAGUUAACGAGGUGGUUAGAUUUAUGACGCUGAGCUCUCUCCCCCUCUAGGCAACACAUGUUGUUGUCAGCCGAGCUGAGCUAUGUGGAGGCCUCUGCCUCUCCAUCAGCGGGAGAGAGUGAACAGAAAUAUAUGGCUCGAGCUGGCAGUACUCGUCCUUCCUCUGUUCCUCCUCGUUCCACGAAGCACAUAAAAACCACUGGAUGCUCUCCCCUUCCGCUGUCUCUUUUUGCCUCCUGCCGUACCCGUCUCUGUCGGUCCAGACUGAAUCACUACUAACCCUCCGUCUCUUGUCUGUGGCAGCAGCACAUGGCUUCUGAAGGAGGCAAAAAUCCCCACAAUCCGCCACAGACCCCUCUCUCACACACACACACACACACACACACACACACAUACACAUCCAUCACCCCACUCACCACCCCUCCCAUCAAUCUAACAGGGUUUAAGAAGCUACAAGCUCAAAGGCUAAACUAGCUCCCAUAGACACGCAUCUGUGCUAAGCUACGCUAGUUCAUCACAGCCUCCAUACACACACACACACACACACACACACACACACACACACAUAUACACACACACACACACACACACACACACACACACAGCAAUGCUAAGCUAGCUUCCUUUCGUUGACAUACAUCCACAGCCGGGUUACGCCAGCUGUUGACAUCUUUAAACAAACACAAAGAGAGGACAUGGAAGAGACAUUUUAAUGUUCUUAUUUUUAGCACAUCAUCGACACAGGGUAAAUAAUAAGAGUGAAGAACACAAUUUAUUUAUGUUUGGGUAAGUCAUUACCCUCCUCUCUCUCUCUCUCUCUCUCUCUCUCUCUCUCUCUCUCUCUCUAUCACUUUGGAAGGGUUCACUUGCAUUAGCGGACACCAAUGCGAAGAAGUCCACAUUUUAUAUUGUUUUGUUUUGUUCUCACAUAUCUUGACUUUUAACGUGGAUACAGGGUAUAUAUUUGAACAAAAAUGCAUGUCCCAGAAAUCGGAGCUGAUGUGUAUCACACAUUUUUAAAACAACUAGGUUGAUUUGUUUAAACGAUCAGUGAGUGGAGUUUUGGGACAACACACACGUCAGGCUGUUUCAGCCAGUGUUCAAGCUGUGUGGGGUUGACCCCCACUACUCUCUCUGCCGUUCUGGAACUCAACCUUUGGUAUGUUUUUUUUAAAAGUGCAGAUUUACACAAACGCUUUCAUCUGGGCAUCAUUGUUGCACUUAGAGUUUACAUUUUGAUGGUUAAAAGGAAAAAAUAAUAAUAAUAAAAUCUUAUUUUGAAGACGGUAGGCCCUCCAAUCAAAGCGUCUUUCGCCAAUGUGUGUUCAAGUGAACAUUCAUAUAUAAAUAUUUAUUUGUUAUAGCCAGUUUAAAAAAGACUUUCUGUUUUGUAUUAUUAUUAUUAUUAUUAUUAUUAUUAUUUAUCCUUCAUGUAUUUAUAUCGAGAAAAAAUACUGUACUUUUUUAGUAUUUACCUGUUAUGAAAGAAAAAAAAAAAACAUUGUGUUUCUUCUUGUCCCUUGUACUGAAGUUACAUUUUUUAGUUCUUGUAUUUUAGAAGAAAAUAAGUAGUUUUUAUGUUCCUAUAAUGACCCUUGUACAUACAUGUCUUGGCUUGUACAGGGAAAAAGGCAUGGGUGGGGAUUGGUGACCCAUCCGUGCAUAGUCUGAAAAUUUAGACAACUAUUAGCUGGAAAAAAGAACAAGUCUUUUUGGAGAAAAACAACUUAUUUCUUUGUCCUUUGUAGCUCCUUUUUCUUUCCUUGUUGAGAGAGUUGUCUGUCGAACAAUUCUUUAAUAAAAUGUUAUGUUAUUCAGA